GUAUUAUUUUUAGUAUUUCGCUGGAUAUUUUGAGAACACUCAUGAUAUACGCUAUUUUGCCUGCAGCACCCAGAAGUGAACAGUAGGCGACCCGGAAGGUCUGAACUCCGACUGAAAGCAGCCAGAAAGAACAUCAUAACCUUUUAUAAAAUAUCAAAAUCUGCCAUCGUGUUGUUGGGAAUGGCGGAGCCUCGAUUUAACAACCCGUAUUUCUGGCCCCCACCCCCCGCCAUGCCUGGGCAGGGAGCCCUCAUACAGUCGUCUUACUGUAGUACAUCUCCAUUGAGUGUCAGGGACCUCAUCACGUACCAAGACUGUGGAUUUCAUACGGAAUCUUUGUGUAUGGGGAAAUCAGCACAGCUGGACAACCUGGUGCUCAUCAACAAGAUCAAGGAGCAGCUGAUGGCCGAAAAGAUCCGUCCGCCGCACCUGCAGCCCUCCACCGCCACCUCCCAGCAGCCCCUGCUGGUGCCGCCCACCUCCGGCUCCAGCGCCUCGGAGGCCGGCCAGCACGGCGGUGGCAUGGCAGUGCCCAAGCUGCAGCAGAUGCCCGUGGGCCUGCACGCCGCACACAGCCCCUCGCAGCCCGACGUGGCCCUGCACGCCCGGCCCGCCUCCUCCUCCGUGGCAGGCCGAAUUCUUGGAGACGUGAACUUGAACUUGGAUGACAAAACAGCCCUGAAGGCAAGAGGAUUAUGGGAGGACUGGCAUCUAAGGCAGAUCAUUGACCAGCCAAGGACAAACCACCUGUCAGGUUUGGCCCUUGCGUCUCGCGUGUCCAAUCAUGGCUCCUCAGAGGCCGUUACUCCCACCACGCCCACCUCCAGCAGCCAGAGCCGACUGGGUGGGACGCCGUCCCACAACCUCAUCUCAGGAUUGGCCAGCAGUGCUGGCAUGGACCCUAUCAAAAACGGCGGGAGUCUCGCGGGGCUGCUGGGACCACCCCCCAAAAUCGACGGACGCGGGCGGAAAAAGAUAAAGGCCGAAAACACAUCGGGCCCUCUGUUUGUGGUGCCGUACCCGAUACUGGCGUCGGGAACAGAUCAGCAUAUGGGAAUACCCCCCAAAGAAGGCAAAACGUACAGGUGCAAAUCUUGCCCGUUGACAUUCCUGUCCAAGUCAGACAUGCAGAUCCACUCCAAGUCCCACACAGAGGCCAAGCCCCACAAGUGUCCCCACUGCACCAAGUCCUUCGCCAACGCCUCCUACCUGGCCCAGCACCUGCGCAUCCACCUGGGCAUCAAGCCUUACCACUGCUCCUACUGCGAGAAGUCCUUCCGCCAGCUGUCCCACCUACAACAGCACACGAGAAUCCAUACCGGCGACCGGCCAUACAAGUGUGGCCAUCCCAGCUGUGAGAAGGCCUUCACUCAGCUCUCCAACCUGCAAUCCCACCAGAGACAGCACAACAAAGACAAGCCCUACAAAUGCCCCAACUGCUUCCGUGCCUACUCCGACUCGGCCUCCCUUCAGAUCCACUUGUCAGCACAUGCCAUCAAAAAUGCCAAGGCCUACUCCUGCAGCAUGUGCGGCAGGGCGUACACCUCAGAGACGUACCUCAUGAAGCACAUGUCCAAGCACACAGUUGUAGAGCACCUGGUGAGCCACCACUCUCCUCAGAGGCCAGAGUCACCAGGCAUUCCCAUACGGAUCUCCCUCAUAUGAGCCCUCUCCAGUCCACACCACCUUCCCCCAUGAGUCCUCCUGGUCCAGCUCUCCUCUCCUCCCCAAUGCCUCUUCUGGCUGCAGUGGAGGUCUGUUUUGUUACCCCCUCCAUAGGAACCCUGUCUCUCUCUUUUCCACCUUUGCAAGCUUAGGCUCCCCUCUCUUUCUUUCUUUCUUUCUUUCUUUCUUACUGUCUUUCUUUCUCUCUCUUUAUCUCUCUCUCUCUCUCUCUCUCUCUCUCUCUCUCUCUCUCUCUCUCUCUCUCUCUCUCUCUCUCUCUCUCCCUCUCCCUCUCUCUCUGUCGUAUUCCAUAGUAUCAGGGUGGAACUUCUACUGUACCCUCACCCUGUCCUUCAGAUUGUCACAUGGCUACAUGUCUCAUUCUGUUUGUCUUUUUUUUUACUCAAAUGUAUGUUAAUUUUUAGUCACUUUUUAAAUUUGUUUUAUAGAUGUUUUGUUUUCGUCAUGUUUUUCUGUGUACUGACCACAGGUUAUCUAAAUGUGUUUAGCACUCUUUCUAAUGUGAGGAUAAUGUAAAAAAAAGACUAGUUUUCUUUCACUUAUUGAAACUUCUUGAGUAAGGAAGGUAAUCAGAUGGUCAUCCAAAGAUGGUUCGGCAGCACUUUCAAGCCAAUCACAUUGGCAUUUUUUGUUUGUUUGUUUGUUUGUUUGUUUCUCUAUGUGUUAAGACACAAGGACCAUUGACUCUGGCAGCUAACACUAACUACACAUAUUGCAUGACAAUUACACAUUUCCCCCCACAUCACAUUUUUAAUGAAUGUUUCUGUUUGCCUCCUGUUAAGUUGCAGAAAUUAAGCUUUAAUUGAAAUCAUGUCGACUGUUACUUAACCACCCUCCCCAUCCCAAGGUCCAUACAAAUAGACAUGUCUGCCAUUUCUGUUUUUGUUAUGAAGAGGCACUUGCUAGAUUUUUUUUAUAAAUGUAAUGAUGAUGACAUAAGUCAUGAAACACAAUAGAUUUUUCUAUCAAUUAGCCACAUUCAAGUUGACUGCCAGUGAGACCUGAACACCCUCAUGUUAAAGCUACACCAAGCACGUUUGAUUUCUCAACAGUUUCUCAGAAAGAACGGCUUUGUCUCCCCUGAGUAUUUUCCUGAAAAUCCAGUUGUUCAAAAUGUGUUGUAUUCUCGCGAUGGUCUGUAGACUUUUGGGUCAACAUGGCAGUGUUAUGCAAGUGUAGUUUUCAACCCACACACGGUUGAGAUUCGCCUGCAAAUGACUCAUAUAAACAUCUGUUGGUUAUUAUUUAGCUUAAAAACAUUACUUAGUGCGCUUUUGACAUUAAAGGAAGUCAUAACGGAAUUUGAGCAUUGCCCAUUAGGUGGUGGGCCCAGUCUCAUAUCUUGUCAGUUCGUUGGCGUUAACGAGUGGCAACUUUAUUUUUGCUUAUUAUAUGGUUGUGACGUCAUCGGUCGAAUGCUCCAUUCAUUUCAACGGGGCUCCCCAACGUUCGCACGUCUGUUAUUUUUCGAUAACGGACGGGUUGGUCUAUAACAGACCGCUGUCAAUGGCAACAAGACUUUUCACUGCUAAAGCGACUUUUCAACAAGACUCUAAUCAGCUGCUGUGAUAGACAACACCUGCUGGUGUCCUGGCUACCUAGCUGUUAGCGGUGUUCCACAACGGCACUGUUUUGUUUUGCGCAGCAACAAUCUUUUGACAUUACUUCACAUUAAAUAGGCCUAAAGAAAUGUCCCCGCCAUGUGUGAAUCAUUUAAGUAUAUCCAUAUAAUAAGCGGGUUAACUUUCGGCGAGUCGGUCGCUUUGUGGAAUAGCAGCACUUCAGAGAGAACAAGACCCCUCCGCUCCGCGUCGGGGUCUAAAGAUUCUCUCUGUCGUGCUGCUAUUCCACGGUAGCGACCUUCUCGCCGAACGUUAACCCUUACUUAUAUAACCCCCUGACAACCCAUUAAUCAAUAUUUUGGCUGUUGCCAUCCUCAAAACUUGCACAUUGAUUUAUAAAAAUGACAACGAAAACUAGCUGACCGAGUGACGUCACGUCAAUACAAAGUCAACGAGGCAGAAUACAGCUAGCGCGUGCAUGCUACCCGGAACCGUCAGAUUUCAUGGCAAAACGUUACAAGUUGGGGGGUAAGUGGCCUCACUUGUUGUGUACAUGCAAAAAAAAAAAAAUUCUCUCAAACUUUCAGAAGUGCUCUUUUUUGCUGUUAGUGUUCGGUUGUCUGACCAUCAUUAGGCAACGAGAGAUAAAUGUCAAAAAGAGGACAGGUCUGUUCCCUCAAAGCAAUAGAGCAAUGAGGUGACGGGGGUAGAUCAAUUUGCCAAAAAACUACGUGUCAGUAAAGAAAUGCAAGCUGUGUUAUUUUUUCCAGUAACAUCAAAAUGGUCAGGAAUUAAAUGCCUACGUUGUUUCAACGAUUAAGUGAAUUAUCUGCCUAUGAAAAAAGCCCGAUAUGCGAUAAAUAUUCCCUUUUCAACUUUGAGGGGCGGAGACUUCCCAUUGACUGUGCAUUAUGUGACGUCAUCCCCAGUCUUUUUUAUAUCAACGUGCAACUUUUCAGCGUGGCAACAGCCAGAAUAUUGCUUUACAUAUUGUCAGGAGGUUAUAUUAGAAAAAUCAAGUUGCCACUCGAGAGUGAGAACGAAACUCAUUUUCUAAAGGAGCUACGAAAUCUAGCCCACCGCUCUCAGUCCCCAUGUUUCCCUACUUGUGUAAAAUUUAAAAUGGCCAAUUCUCUUGAAAGUAAUAACACACACACACACACACACACACACACACACACACACACACACACACACACGCUCGCGUCAGUGUUGGGUAAGCAUAGUGUAAGAAGGUUGAAGUGUUUUUCAUAAGCUUGUGUUAAAUGUCACGAGUUUAAGAACUGCCUUGUAAUCGACACUCCUCAUGUGUUUUCUGUAUGUAUGGGUUACAAAUACAGCAGUAGAUGAAUCAUAAUACCGUUUCCCCCUUGGCAGUACUUCAUGCUGUGUGACAGUUUGUAGAAUGCAGGGAAGGACAAGAGCAGUCACCUCACUUUGACUUUGAAUCCCUAUAAGGGCCUUUUUCUUCUCACAUCACACACCUUUGGACAUCUUGUGGCAUAGACAAGACAUACACGCCACAGAUCUCUGUCUGAAAGCGGUAGUAGGCCCUAUAUACUGGACCUGCUUGGAAGUUGUUUGGUGUCACGGCGAGAAAGGUUUAAUUGGUACUGGGGCACUAGUCAUGCAACCUGAGGGCAAUGCCAAAGAGCCAGGCUCUAUGGAGUGUGCUGUCAGAGCAACCACAGUGGACAAGAACACUAAUUUAGAUGCAGUGUCGUCAGUUCAAAGCAUUAGGUAACUCCCUAUGGAAAGUUACUCGUCUCAGUGUGUGAUGCAGAGAAGAUACAGAUAUAUGGAUAUUUCAAAUGGAGGGGAGGAGACAGCAGGUGGUAGUUGUGUGAUAGGUAGCAGCACAGCAGUCUAUAUGUGACCUCUUUGGGUACAUUAAAAAUCACAAGUAGCACAGAUGUUAAGCUGCUUGAAAAAAAUAAUACUACACCAAAUAUUUACUUUUGUAGAUAGCCAAAUGCAUACAGCCUUGUCCUGAUUUUUGUAUUAUCAUUUUUAAAUUAGACCAAUAUCUCUCUAAGAGAGGGACAAAAAGUAGGAUGGAUUCUGACAGAUGGUAACCUGUGUUUAUUCCACAGAAGUCAGCUGCCUCCUUUGUAAGACACAUGCUGAUAAUCAAGUUGUAAUAUGCAUGUUUGUUUUUUGCACCCACAGAGAAAUGAAAUUUCAUUGUAGGGUGUCCCACUCAAUAUGUAUAGGAAUCUUUUUUUUGUACAGAACCCCUGUUCAGUCACUUUUUUUCUCCCCCUUUUAAUCGUGUCAAUGUACCAUAUAUACAUAUAAUUAACAUUGUUAUUUUUAUACACAUUUAAGCCUUAACUAUAAUAUCAUUUUAUGUUAUUCACCACAUUUUAUAUUAAAAAAAGUUUACCAUAUUGGUGUUUCCCCCCACUGAGUACUGUAUGCUUUUUUGUAUUUGAUAGCAUGAGAUAAACUGUAAAUAAACUAUGAAAUACCUAACUGUUAACCUGUUUUCUAUAAGAAGUGAUUAUAUAACUCUAGCUAUAAUGAAUACAUUCCCAUUGUCUUGCAUAUUGAUGACUUGUGAUGAAGUUGAUUCUGACUAAAGCACAACAUCUGCAGUCAGCGUCCAAAGCAAGAAGAGUCAUUGUAUAAAAUUAACAGCGCUGAAAUUAAAACAACACAAAUAUGG